ACACACAGGAUCUAAGGCUUGAAUUAUUGAUCACUGGCUGAGGGGGCAAUGAAACCUGGGGUGGCUCAAUCCUGGUGACAGACUGAUAUCUAUGCAGCUCCCUUUUCUCUCUUCAGUGGAGCGUGUAACACAGAACAGGACCAGAAGGCCAGAAUAACAUCACAUAUGAUAGCUUGAGACGUGCUUUGUGUGUGAUACAAUUUCAAAUGUGAUUUAAACAUUUUGUUUGAUCUCAAAGUCAGUGACAGCCAAAAAGGCCAGAGUGAUAAAUGGAUGAAAUAGGAAAGAAGGAAACAUGCUGUCAUAAUUUACUCAACUUUAUGUAGUUACAAACCUGGAGGAUGAGUAAACAAUUGCAGAAUUUUCACUUUUGAGUCAAUUAAUCCAAAUACUCCAUGAAAGGAUGAAAGGACUGAGGGAUUCAGAUUGAGAAGAGAGUAAGAGGAGCAGAGGCGCUGAAGAGAGGGAGGGAGUGAGGUAGGUCUGAUCAGUCUAGGAGCUGCAUACACACUCUUACCAUACACAAGGGAAAUGGGUCCUCAGCUACACUUCAGCAGCACCUACUCAGAAGAAUUCAGUUACCCGGCUCGAGGCAAACCUGCCCGGCCCAGACCUUCCUCUGCAUAUCGCAGGAACAAUCCUCAUCCACGGCCGGACUUCCUGAUGCCAAGAAUGCUGCAGACAGGAUAUGGCUCACGGAAACACUUUCAGACAACUACUCCUCCUACCUCUUUUCUACCUCCAGUCAGACACAUAUCAGUCCAGUAUCCAGACGUACAAACAGCACAUGGACAGUUGAUGCAGACCUCAUCACAAAAAGACUCCAAACCACCUGAGGUCUCGUCUGCAGUUUGUACACUGCCACCUGCUGCCUGGCUUCUCAAACCACAACAAACCAACUUUGCUCAUGCAACAGUCACAAACACACAAGGGAAAUAUUCAGACACAGAUCGUAUCAGAUCAGCUUUGAACCAACGGAUGGACAUCAUGCCAUCUUUAAAACCCUUCAGACAUCAGGUUACCCAUCAUCACAGAAGACCACACUCAAAAUUCACAAUUGAUCGCAGUGAAGGACGCAGCUGUUUCCAUGUGGUGAAGCCAUAUAAAGGUGGACACUACAUCAUCCACCCAGAGUUUGUGUCAGAAGCAAAGCACUACUAAAAAUGACUUGUUGUCAGUUUGACAAUGUCAUUUUACAGUGUAUUUUUGAGGUACGUUUGGUGUUUGGAGAUCCUGCCUCGUAAAAUAUUCUUGGGUGCAGCUUCAUUUUAUUGACUGUAGAAUGUAUUUUUGGAUGUAAAUGUGCAUUUCA